AUGCUUAAGUCAGCUAGGGGUAGUAACUGUUGCAAAGUAACAGUAAUAGUGAGAGAGAAGUUACCCCUUUUCUUGGUUUGGCAGUUCGGAGCUUCGGCAGGUGGUUGUCCCUUCGGAAGAGCAUCUCCCUUUGGCAGGGAAGAAGGCAUGUCUGCCUUGGUGUUAGUCACUUUGGUGCUAGGCACGCUUGGUGGCCUUUCGAAGAUAGCCUUCCAAAGAAGGGAAGGUAUGACGUCACGGUGUACCUUCCCAAAGGGAAGGGAAGGUGUGACGUCAUUGCGUGUCGCGAGGUUUCCUUCCAAGCUUCAGAAGGGAGCCUUCCGAAGGGAAGUUGUGACGUCAUCAUGCCUUCCGAAGGAAAGGUGUGACGUCAUCGCGUGUCGCUCCAAGCUUCGGAAGGGAGCCUUUCGAAGGGAAGGUGUGACGUCAUCGCGUGUCGCGAGGUUUCCUUCCAAGGGAAAGGAAGUUGUGACGUCAUCAUGCCUUCCGAAGGGAAGGUGUGACGUCAUCGCGUGUCGCGAGGUUUCCUUCCAAGCUUCGGAAGGGAGCUUUCCGAAGGGAAGGUGUGACGUCAUCAUGCCUUCCGAAGGGAAAGUGUGA